AUGCUUCUCCCACGGCGAGCGGUCUUCUUUCUCGGCGUCUGCUUUUUCCUCGCCUUCUUCCUCACAACCCGAAGCCUCUCACGACCAUGGCGUGACGUACCCCAGGUCAUCGGCCUGGGCGACCUGGUCUCAUCAUCCAAUACAACAGGAGCCUGGAACACGACCCGCGGCCACACAAGCAAGAACCUCUAUGCCCCUCUCCCGGACUUCAUCUCGGGCAUCCCAAAGCCCUCGGGCUACAAUUACUCCAAGGUGAUGGUUGUGACCCGAACCAAGGGGGAAGACACCAGCUGGAUUGCCGAAGAACUGCCAGAUUGGGACCACGCCAUCUAUGUCGCAGAUGACCCCAAAGCACCACUCCACCCGCCCAAGAACAAAGGCCACGAGGUCAUGAUCUACCUCACCUACAUCGUCGACCACUACGACCAGCUCCCAGACGUGGCGGUGUUCAUGCACUCGCACCAAUUCGCCUGGCACAACGAUAACCUCUUUGCCGGAGACGCGGCGCAGCUGCUCCGCCGCCUCAAUCUGAACCGUGUCAUCCGCGAGGGCUACAUGAAUACUCGCUGCGGGUUCGGCCCGGGCUGUCCGGCCUGGAUGCACCCCGGUGCUCUCGAGGAAGACGAGUCGAAGCAGGAGGAGAUCAUGCUGGCCCGUGCGUGGGGGGAGCUAUUCCCCGACCAGGAGAUUCCGUCUGUGCUGGCGCAGCCGUGCUGUGCGCAAUUCGCCGUGUCCCGCGAUCGCAUCCGCUCCAUUCCGCGGGCCCGGUUUGUGUUCUAUCGCGAUUGGCUGCUGUCGACGGAUCUGAGUGAUUAUAUCGCUGGUCGAAUCUGGGAGUAUCUGUGGCAGUUUAUCUUCACCGGACAGCCUGUUCUCUGCGUUGAGGAGAAUGUGUGUCUGUGUGACGGGUAUGGGUUUUGUUUUGGCGGAAACGAGGAGUGGAAUAAUUACCGAGAAGCCGAAGCGAAGAGGAAUGAGAUCCAGCAGGAAUUGGAUAAUUGGAUGUGGUUGUCCGACAUUGGAUUUGCUGAUGAAUCGGAUGACUCUGACGGCGAGAAGGGCAAUGUCCUCGUCAGCCAACUUCAGGAGAAGCAACAGGAGAUUAUUGGCCUUCUAACUGCUGCUAUGGAGCGUGGCCAGAACCCCCAGUACCGUGCCCAGGAGGCUGGUCGUCCUUGGAAAGAGGGGGAUGGGUUCUGA